AUGAUCAAUCAAGGAGAGGAAGAGGACAACCCAGAGGACGAGGACAACCUAGAGGACGAGGCCGUGGCCGGCGAGGCUGAGGACGAGGCUACGCUCCUCACAACAGAGAUGCUGAUGUUUGUCACAAUUGCGGAGACCAUGGUCAUUACCACCGACUACCUGAUCAUCUGCUUUUUGUUCAUUUUGUUGUCCAUUCAUUCUUUACUCUUAAUUUGGAUUAGCCUACUGAACUCCAGCGCCUGCCGUGUUCUGGAAAUACUUAGAAAUCUGCAAAGAUUUAUAUUCUACUCGUCUCCUACCUCCUCAUGUGAUAUGUUGGGGGAAUCCAUCAACUUGACAAAAACUAUACUUUCCAGACUACUGCUGAGCAAAACUCACACAUGCAGAAUGACUAGAAAAGUGAAGCUGGUUGUCUUCCUGCUGACCGUGGCUGUGGUUGGAAUGUUAAAGUUCAACGUCAGAAGUUCUCCAGCGACCCAAACCUCAGCGCCCUCUUUAAGCAAAGACAAUCUGCUGUUCAUGCGUCACGUUGAGCCAUUUUUGUCUGCAAAGACCGACCUGUCUGUGGAAAGCUUCACCUGGUGGAGAAAUAUUCAGUUUGAGCCACGUGACCUCGGUUACUUUAAGUUAACACAGAAGAGGCUUUUUGAAAUAUUCCCAUCUUUUCCCAUAUUUGGAAAACCCACGGCGGACAGAAUUAGAAGCUGUGCUGUGGUGGGAAAUUCUGUGAACUUAAAAGGUUCCGGCUAUGGGCGCCUAAUAGAUUCCCAUGAAGUCAUUAUAAGAAUGAAUUUUGGUCCAGUCAAAGGCUACGAAGAAGAUGUGGGUACCAAAACAACACAUCGUGCCAUGUACCCAGAGAGCGCCAUGGAUUUGGAUAACUGCACUCAUCUUGUACUGUUUCCAUUUAAGAUAAAUGAUAUUGAGUGGAUCAUCAAGGCCUUUACAACAGGAUUCUAUGGAAGAUCUUACGCACCAAUAAAAUCCAAAAUAAAAGCCAACAAGAACUUGGUGCUGGUGGUCAAUCCAGCUUUUAUGAAGUAUGCUCAUGAAAUCUGGCUGGAAAAGAUGGGAUCGUAUCCAUCCACUGGCUUCAUGACUUUUCUUCUUACACUUCACGUUUGUGAUGAGGUCCAUGUGUUUGGUUUUGGAGCCGACAAUAAGGGAAGCUGGAAGCAUUACUGGGAAACGCUUCAAAACAAAAACUUCAAAACUGGACUUCACCCUGGACCACACGAGUAUAAAAUCAUCCAACGGUUGGCUGAUGGGAAAACAAUCAAACUCUAUAAAGGCUCAUGA